UUUCUAUCUUUCUAACCUUUGGUUCCAUCUUUUUUCUUAAUCCUAUUCUAAUUUCGCGACUCCCACGACAACCUCUUUUUUCCCUCUCUUUUCUUCGUUCCCUCAUCACCCAACGAAGACAAUUGAGUCGCAUCAUGGCACCUUUGUCUUACUCCAAGACCGCUAAGGUCCCCCGUCGCCCUUUCGAGGCCGCCCGUCUUGAUUCCGAGUUGAAGCUCGUCGGAGAGUACGGUCUACGAAACAAGCGUGAGGUCUGGCGUGUCCAGCUCACCCUCUCCAAGAUUCGUCGUGCUGCCCGUCAGCUUCUUACCCUCGACGAGAAGGACCCCAAACGUCUCUUCGAAGGCAAUGCCCUCAUUCGUCGUCUUGUCCGUGUCGGUGUGCUCGACGAGUCCCGCAUGAAGCUCGAUUACGUGCUUGCCCUUAAGGUCGAAGAUUUCUUGGAGCGUCGCCUACAGACCUGUGUCUACAAGCUCGGUCUCGCCAAGUCCAUCCACCACGCCCGUGUCCUCAUCCGCCAGCGCCACAUCCGUGUCGGCAAGCAGAUCGUCAACGUUCCCUCCUUCAUUGUCCGUCUCGACUCCCAGAAGCACAUUGACUUCUCUUUGACCUCGCCGUUUGGUGGUGGCCGCCCUGGUCGUGUACGCAGAAAGAAGGCUAAGGCCGCCGAGAAGAAGGAUGACGGCGAGGAGGAGGAAGAGGAAGAGUAAACUUAUCGCAUUCCAUGCAUGAUAUGGAUAGCUAGGCGGUGGGGAAAAACUCUUUACAUUAUGAUGGUAUGAGAAAACUUAGGUCAUACCUCAAGGCGUUAGGCCAGGGAAAUCGGAAUGCAUGAAGAACUUUCACCACCGUUUGAUAAAU